GCGACGGGCAAGAACGGCCGGCCGGGCGCGAGGAGGCAGGGGCUGCUUAGGGAGCGAGCGAGAAAGCGCGGGAGCGAGCGAGCGAGCGAACGUCCGUCCUUGCCUCUCUCUCCCGUUGAGGAGUCGCUCUCCCGCGCGCGGCUGUUUCGUGUGUGUUGUGUGUGUGUGUGUCGGCUCGCGCGGCAGUAGCAACGCUGCUGCCGCGCCGCCUAUCGCGGGUGGCGCUGUGGGUCGGAGGCAGGGAGGCGCUGAAGGGGGUCCCCCCCUCCCCGUUCUUCCAGGGGGCGAGGCAGGGGGUUUGGGGGCAGAGAGGUUAGGCGGGAGAAGCGAGCGAGCGGGUGACAGGGGUGGGUGGUGGUGGUAGAACCCUUGGGUGUCCUCUGUAGUUGGUCGUGAGGGGAAGGGGAGAAAACCCCAUCGAAAGGGUUUUCAGAGGGGCCUUUGUAAUUUUAUUUUAUUUUUUUAAUGUGGGGCCGAGCAGCGCCUUUUUGGACGGGAGUCUUAAUUGUGGGGUGCGCAUAAUCCCCCCCCAAUCAUUUAAGUCUUCUGAGGAACAGAGCUGAGCUUUAUUUCGGGGAGAGGGGUUUAGACAAGACACCUUAUGUGUGUGUAUGAGUCUCUGGAGUAAGAGACCCCCUCCCUCCCCACCUGCUUGUUUUAUUUUAUUUUAUUGGAGGGAGGGUUCCCCCCCCCCACUUUUCCGAGGGAUAAAAAAGCAAAUCUUAUCUCAGAGCCCAUUUAUUUGGGGAGAGGGGGGGGAUACAGCCAAAGAAGACCUUUGGGCAGAGAUCUUUCUGAAGGGCGUCUGUUUUUUGGGGGGUCCCCUGCUAUAAUGGGCAUCAUGGAAAACUCCUGAGGGAUCUCAUGGGUCCAUUCUGAAGGGCUGCCUGUUUGGAGUUAUCCUCGCAGAGUCCUUUGAAAAGAGAGAGAGAGAGAGAGAUACUUCCUUAUUUCUUUUGCAGGGGGAACCUGAUUUUGGGGUUGUUGUUUUCCCAGUUCUCUGUUUUCUUGCAAGGAGCUAGCUGGGAUGUAGAAGGGUUCCAGAGGCCUAGGCUUUUGCAAUUAAAGCCUGUGAUUCUCCCCAUUAUUAUAAGGUAGGCUUGUCCCCUGCACACACACACACACACACACACACACACACACACACACACACAUUCUACUUCCUGCUCCUGCUGCUGUUUUAUUGACCUCACACCAGGGAAAUGUCGGAGCUGAGGAGGAGAGGAGCUGGUGGAGAUCAUGAAACUGCAAACCUAAUUGACAAGGAUGUAGAUGGAGAAGAUAGAUUUGCGGAGCUAGACCUCAGGACUGAUUCAGACAUUCCUGAAGUUGUUCCACCAACAGACCGCACUCCAGAAAUUUUUAAGAAGGCCCUUUCUGGCUUGUCUUCCAGAUGGAAGAAUUGGUGGAUUCGUGGGAUUUUAACUUUAGCUAUGAUUACAGUUUUUUCGCUGGUUAUUUAUAUGGGAUCAUUUAUGCUGAUGCUUCUUGUCAUGAGCAUACAAGUAAAGUGUUUCCAUGAGAUCAUCACUAUAGGUUACAGAGUCUAUCGUUCUUAUGAGUUGCCGUGGUUUCGAACACUGAGCUGGUAUUUCUUGCUGUGUGUGAACUACUUCUUUUAUGGAGAGACUGUAGCAGAUUACUUUGCCACAUUUGUUCAAAGAAGAGAGCAACUUCAGUUCCUAAUUCGCUAUCACCGGUUUAUAUCUUUUACACUUUAUCUGGCAGGUUUCUGUUUGUUUGUAUUGAGCUUGGUGAAGAGGCACUAUCGCCUGCAAUUUUACAUGUUCGCAUGGACUCAUGUCACUUUGCUGAUCAUUGUAACACAAUCCCAUCUUGUCAUCCAAAAUCUGUUUGAAGGCAUGAUCUGGUUUCUUGUUCCUAUCUCAAGUGUUGUUUGCAAUGAUAUUGCUGCUUAUAUCUUUGGAUUCUUCUUUGGGAGAACUCCGUUAAUUAAGCUGUCUCCCAAAAAGACCUGGGAAGGCUUCAUUGGCGGUUUCUUUAGCACAGUUGUGUUUGGAUUCCUUGCUGCCACCCUUCUGGCUCAAUAUCAGUAUUUUGUCUGCCCCGUGGAAUACAACAGUGAAACCAACAGAUUUGUCACAGAGUGUGAACCAUCAGAACUAUUCCAGUUACAAAAGUACUCCAUACCACCUUUGCUUCAGGUUGUGCUGGGAAGGGAAACAGUGAAUUUGUGCCCGUUCCAGAUGCACAGCAUUGCUUUGUCAACAUUUGCAUCCUUAAUUGGACCAUUCGGAGGCUUCUUUGCUAGUGGAUUCAAAAGGGCUUUCAAAAUCAAGGAUUUUGCUGACACUAUUCCUGGCCAUGGCGGAAUAAUGGAUCGUUGUGACUGUCAGUAUUUGAUGUCUACAUUUGUUCACGUCUAUAUCACCAGUUUCAUAAGAGGCCCCAAUCCCAGCAAGCUCCUGCAACAGCUGUUGGUGCUUCAGCCAGAGCAGCAGUUAAAUGUCUACAAAACUCUGAAGACACAUCUCAUUGAAAAGGGGAUUCUUCAGCCAUCGCUGAGAGGUUAGGCAGACCAAACUGUGGACUACAAAGAGAAGUGCAGCUGGAAAUGCAGGUUUUGCUUACAUGAGCAUGACGUGUUGGACCGAAGUCAGACUUUGUGCCUGAAGAUAUGAAUGUCUGUUUACUAAGAUUACUGUGAAUAUCUAGGAGGCCAUGCAAGAUUUAAGUUCCUUCUAACUGCAUGUUUUUGCUGUCUAGUUUAGUUCUUUGGGUUGAUGAGAUGAGCCUUCUCCCUUGGUUCACAGCUACAGUUUUUUAAAAAUAACUAUUUUUAAACAACGGUGGGCACACUCCUUCUGGAGCAAGACUUCAACGAAUGAUUGGGAGUACGCAGUUCAUCAAAAUACAUUUUAGUGCAAUGAUAUUAACGACUCCAGCUCAAUUAAUGACACUUUGCCGUGCUGCAUUUUAGCUGACAGUAUCACUAAACUUUGACCAAAUGGGAUCUGUUUUAUCGUGUUGCAUCACUUCCCCAAAAUAGGAAAGGGGCUUGUAAUGGAGGAACCCUUACAGGAAAGGUGUGCCUGUAAAUGGAUGCCUGAGGUUGGUUUUGCUUUUAGUUAAAAAGCCUAAGUGGCCGGUGAAAAAUAAAAGUAAAGGAAUGGCUUCUUGUAAAAGGGAAAUGUUCUUUGGGAGGGUGGGGCUCUUCCUCAUAGCAUCCUAAAGACCAGUUUAAAGCACAAAAUGCCUACUUGAGUUGCAGGCCUCUUCUUUACCAGCAAACUCUGUCCAGGGCUUUGGGGUUGAAAUGACUGAUUAAGUCUCUGGAAUGUGCUCAUUUGUGCCUCCAAUGUUUGGACGUGUUAAAUAGAAACUCCCCCUUCCAUUAUGGUAAGUGCAAUACAAGUGCUAACUCAGCAAUAUUUUGAUCACUUUCGUAACAAUGUUAGUUAAGAGUCCUAUGCUGUGAGAUGAAUCUAGUGCUUCCACCGCUAAUGGAGUCUCCAGGGCAUUUAGUCAGUAACAGAGUUGGAGAUUACUUCUUCUUUCCCUGUGGGGAGGACCAGCACAGAUGUGCUCAAUAUGAUUUGCACUUUUGAGAUUCCUUACCGAACUCUGCAUGAAAUGUGACAUUUCUAAUAUUCAAGGCAUGAGUUGCUUUUUAAAUGCUUCUGUGUGGUUUCUUUUUAUCAUGUGAUAAUAAAAAAAAUAUUUUUAAAGCAAAUGAAAGUAAUAAACCUAAAGCACACGAAUGCCAAAAACAUGGUAUGGUGAGGACUGAUUAAAUAGGAUUUAAGGCAUUAGGAGUGUAAUCCUCAUGGAAGUUUCUUUCUACAGAAGUCUCACUGAAACAAAGGAUAUUUGCACAACAGCACAUCUAUUUCCAUUCAUUUCAGUGAGACUUGUGCAACAGAACCUUCUGGAGGAUUCUACCCUAUGAACUUGGUGUGAGUGAGUUUUCUUCUGCUGUGAGCUUUCAAGGUUACAUAUUUCUUGCCCUGCUUGGUGCUGCUUGACUAAACUGUGUAGUGAAACUCAACACGUGUUAUUAACGUCUGACUUCUAGAAAAAUGAAAUCCGUUUACAUCAUUGUACUACUUGAGUUCAUUGUGUGUUUUGGUUUUGGUUGGUAUAUAUAAAAUCAUUAUGAUAGGGUGACUGAACAAGGUGGAAACUUUUGAUUCUAUCAAAAUCAAUUAAACAUCAUCACCAGUAAUACCUAAAUACUUACAGGCUUCUUCUAAAAUUACCUUGGUGGUGCAGAAGUAGCUAUGCUUCUCCUGUGAAAACGUAAAUUGAAAAUAGCAUAGGAAAUGCAUAGGAAAUGCUGGUACUGUGGAAAAAGUUGGCCCACUGGGAACUGGAGCAAUAACUAGUGUGAGAAGGAGCUGUAUUGUAGGUUCCUACCUCUUACCCUGGGCCAUAUACACUAUGCACUAGCACCCAUGAUGCCGAGAUAACAUCAGAAGAGACCCUGUGUGGGCACCUGAGAUCCCAUGAACUCUUGCCAAGGCUUGGCAAGAAAGAGGGACGGGCGCUGGGCUUUUGUAACAGUAUGAAGAUAGAAGAGGUGGGCUUAAAAUGAUCACUUGGCAAGUUGUUGCUGCUUUCCCACGACACUUCAUCUUCUAAUUUUGCCGUAGGUAAAGGACACCACCUCCAGGAGGGUGGACUAAAUUCCUAAUUCUUAACCGACACUAUUUUGUGGCAGUUUGGUGCUGCGUACCAGUGGUAUCUUGAGAGGGCACUAGGAUACCACCAAGUGGGAUGUUCUGAAGCUAUUCCUGCUAUUCCCAAGGUGGGAACUGGUACACUAAUAAUCUGGAAGCACAUGCUGAAAGACACGCCUGCCAAAGGCAGUCUCCAAGCACACAUGCAAGUCCAGCUUUUAAUGCUUCAUCAAAGAACUUGGAUUGGUCCAAAUUGCUGUCUGGCACAUGUCUUGAAGAGAUGUAUUAUUGAGAGUGCAGCAUCCCAAGUCAAUUGCUAGAUCUGAUGCACGGAAGGUUACUGUGAUGCCUGGAGUGUUGGUAUGACUUAGCAGGCAUCUCUGUUCAACAUCCCAGCAGUUAGCGUUGGCCGGUCAGGACCAGAAUGAGAGGGCCCUGAGUCUGAAGAUCCUGAAACUAAGGCAGAGUACAUUUUGGAAAACCAUGCCUCCUUGGCCAGAAAAGAGCCAUAAACAUGAUGGUUGCCCUCUCCUGAUACACUGACUUGAACACUCAAGGGAGCAAAUGAAUGGGAGGGAAAGCAUAUAGCAAGCCCAGAGGCCAUGUCAAAUCGAGUCCGUGCAACCCACAAGCUAUGAAAACCUGGUAUACCACCACCUGAGUUGGUGGUUGACAUCAGACAUGAGUAAGUCUGUGUGUAGUUCCUGAACUGACAUAGAAUUUUCCUGAUGACUGCAUUGCUGAGCUGCCAUUUCCCUGGGCAUUGGGGUCUUGUCAACUCAGUCAGUCUGCAUCAGUGUAGACUCUGUAUACGUGCUCAGGUAUCAGAGCCAAGAUUAUUCUUCACCCAGGACAACAGAAAUGUUGCCAGUGUUGGAUGGAUUUGUGGUCAGGAUAGGCUAUAUUAUUUUUACAAUUUACCCUCCUGUUACACACACUGUUUUGUGUGUGAGCAGAACUUAAAAACAAUUAGUGUUUUAAAACACCAUUCCUUGCAGUAUUAAAGUGGAAACUUUUGGGAUUAGGCUGUAUAGCAGGCAUCCCCAAACUUCGGCCCUCCAGAUCUUUUGGACUACAAUUCCCAUCUUCCCUGACUACUAGUCCUGUUAGCUAGGGAUCAUGGGAGUUGUAGGCCAAAACAUCUGGAGGGCUGCAGUUUGGGGACACCUGAUGUAUAGCCUCUUUAUGUGGUAGCAGACUGGAUCAUUCCUUUCCCUCUUAAUUAAAAGAAUCAUGCAACAGACUGUAGACUUAGAAUUAAAAGUUGUGUUUACUUACAUAAGGUCUGAUUCAGCAAUAGCAGUAAUGAAAAACAAGGCAGACAUUUCUACCUAUAGAUUACAGAACACAUAGCUGAGUUAAAAAAUGGAGUCUCUGCUUGAGCAGAGAUCAGGUGACUGUCUUAGAAGCAUGGUGAAGAAUCAUAGAAUCAUAGAGUUGGAAGAGACCACAACGGCCAUCCAGUCCAACCCCCUGCCAAGCAGGAAACACCAUUAAAGCAUUCUUGACAUAUGGCUGUCAAGCCUCUGCUUAAAGACCUCCAAAGAUGGAGACUCCACCACACUCCUUGGUAGCAAAUUCCACUGCUGAACAGCUCUUACUGUCAGGAAGUUCUUCCUAAUGUUUAGGUGGAAUCUUCUUUCUUGUAGAAAGCACUGGUUAUUCCUCAUUUUCCCUUCUGAAAAGCACCACAACUAUAGAGAGAAUCUCUACAUCAGACACUUUUUGGGGGUAGAGAAAGAGGGAAGAAUGUCAUGUCUGUUGCCAGAUUUCACCAACAAGAGCAGCUAGAACUUGUUUCUUCAGUUGACAUGUGUCCUUUUGAAGCAGCGGAACCACACCAAAGUAUAAAAUCAAUCUUGUAUUAAAAAGCAGGGACAAAGGCCUGCCAUGAUUCACGCUACCACAUGAAAGACAAGCUUCCUAAAAUGUCAAUUUUUAUUUAAAAUAAAAAGUGUACCUAGCAAGAAUAGAAGCAGCAUUUCAAUGCAUCUUCUUGCUGACACCAGGAGUGCCAUUCUGAUUAAUUUAAAUUGACCUCAGAUUCAGCUUUUUCCCCUAAUGCAGAACUUGGAGAAUUGCCUGGGGAUAUUUUUUUCCUCCCAAAAGAGAUAUACACAGAGUAAUUUGGUGGUAAAUAGCAAGUAUUUAUUUGAAAUGAAAACAAAACAAAAAGUACCUGAACUAUUGCAUUUAAUCAUGUAUUGUAAUUGUGUUACUCUACCUUUUUGCAUUGGAGACAAAUAUACAAUAAACAUUCAAAUAUCACAGAUUGCACACUAGAUAGUAUUUCUUCUGGCCUUUUACAUAUCCACCAAAAAAACCCAGAAAUUGGAGUCCGCAAUAUAGUACAAAAUUCCACCCCUCCAGUCAUAGCCAGUUAUCUUCAAUUUACUCCAGUUGCUGUACAAAUAAAUGGCCAUUUACCUAGAGUUUACAAAUUAAUAACAGGACAAAAAAUAUACAUUGUACUGACACAAAAAGUCAGUUGUGUUAAGUCAUGCAACAAGUAACCAAACUUGCUGAAAUUAAAAAUAUUUUCUAAAAACAGUUUUAACUGCAUAAAUAUUUUUUAUACACAGUUCACUUACCAAAACAAAAAGGAGUCUUAAAUGAUACAAAAAAAGAGAGUUUCUACUGAUUUUUAUACACAAGAAAGUGCAAAAUAAUGUCUCUAAGGUGUUUUUGCUAUUGGACUGAUGGAUGAAGGGGGUGGAGUUAGCCACUCUCCACUUCCUAUGCGUGAACACUACAAUCGCACAUUACAAACAAAGGUAGAGCACGUGAAUGCAUUAAAAUGAGGAUCACAUCAAAGAACGAGGCAGGAGAAAAGAUGGGAGCGAUGGGACAGUGCAAUAAGCUAGUGGUGCUGCGCUGCUCAACGAAAUUAAAUGCAAAACCACAAAUUUGGGGAAACAGAGCUAUUCAGUCCAGAACGCUCUGAUAAGUCUAUGGAACUAUGCUAGACACUGUUUAGGUUAUUAGAGCAGCAGCUGCAGGGGGACUCUCGGGGCUCAGCUGGGCCAAGAAUCUAGCCAUUCACUCCAGUGGAGCUUGUGUAGGACUUCCAUGUCAGGUGCCACUAGAAUGAAUGGAGGUUACGCAAGUGCCUGUUUCGUGGUGCAGCUGAGCCCCCAUUUCCCCUUUUCACACAAACAGAAUACACAAACCUCUUCUAUCCAUCAUCUGGCUACACAAAUGAGUUCUGAAAAAAAUUCAUCCCCAAAAUACACUUAUUACGCAAGUUCGACGCAAUCAGCCACACAGAAGAAAAAAAAAAUCACCUUCCACCUGAGGAGUGGCAAAUGUAAAAA